AUGACAACAGUCCGUGUUUUGGGAUUUACUCUUUUGGUGCUGCUCUCAGCAGCGGGAGCAGCAAUGCUAGAAGAAAACAAGUACAAUUACUACAAAUAUCACCCUAUGUCAGAGAUCUCUGAGUGGAUGGUUCAGAUUGCAAAGGAUCACCCCGACAUUGUAACGAGAAUGGAGUAUGGAAAGACCUACGAGUUCAGGACUAUUACCUUGCUCAAGAUUGGUGUGAAUACUGGAGAGAAGAAGAAAGCUAUCUGGAUGGACUGUGGUAUUCACGCCAGGGAGUGGAUCGCUCCAGCCUUCUGUCAGUACUUUGUCAGACAGAUCUUGCAAACAUAUAAGACUGACCCAAAAAUUGGACUGAUGUUGAAGAACAUAGACUUUUACAUAACCCCAGUACUCAAUAUGGACGGCUACAUCUUUUCAUGGAGGGACAACUCGACUCGUCUUUGGAGAAAGAGCAGGUCACCAGGUCCUGCAGGGUGCAACUGCUCCGGGACCGACCUUAACCGCAACUUCAACUCAAACUGGGGAACGAUCGGCGUGUCAUACGACUGCUGCAAACAAACCUUCUGUGGCAGAGCUCCUGAGUCUGAGCCUGAGACUCAGGCUGUCACCUACUUUGUAGGAAGCAGGAAGGAGGACUUCCUGUGUUUCCUCACCAUCCACUCCUACGGCCAACUGCUCCUGGUUCCCUAUGGACACCCUAACUUCACUGCCUCAAACUACAAGGAGCUGAUGGAAGUCGGUUUGGGUGCAGCAGAAGCCAUCAAGAAGAUCCACGGGAAGAUCUACAGAGUAGGAACCUCACCUGAUAUAUUAUAUGCCAACUCUGGAUCUUCCAGAGACUGGGCUGCACUACAAGGAAUCUCCUUCUCAUAUACUGUUGAGCUAAGAGAUGAAGGAGUGCAUGGCUUUGAGCUUCCUGAGGAUCAGAUCCAGCCCACCUGUGAGGAAGCCUACAGCGGAGUCCUGCACAUCAUCACCUAUGCCCAUGAUAAAGUCUUUAACAGUGCCAUCGCAUUUACUGGUGGGACACUCUGGACCGUGCUUGUAGUGGCAGGAGUCACCAGUGGCUCAGGCAUGUGCAUCAGGGCAAACCCAGUCGUCAUCUGUGUGGUGCGGGUCCACUGCCUGAUCUGA